ACUUGUAUAAUCACUCUUAUUUAUAGAUUCAUUGUAAAAGGUCUAACACUUGGGAUUUUCAAUAGGCCAAACUCUCGUCCUAUCUCUUUCAUAAGCUAAGCUAAGCUAAGAGACAGUCGCGAAGGGCGGGAAUCAAAUUAAGCUCUAACAGCGCCAAGAAGGACACGAUGGCUGGAAAAUGCCAUCAACUUAACCCAUAUAAGUGAAUAAUGAUGAUGGCUGGAAAGCUAGACGACGCGCGCAACAUCCUACCACACACCCAACAAUGGCUAUCGUCGCCCAAAUCAUCGGCACAGACGUAGAAACUUUUGCUCUGUUCUUAUUAACAGUUCCACUCCUUUUCUCCCUAUGGCGGCUUUUCAACGGAAACCCAUUCAAGUCAAUUAACCGGUUACCGCCGAGACCGUUCGGCUUUCCGGUGGUCGGAUACCUGCCCUUUCUCCGCUCAGAUCUUCACCACCAGUUCACAGAUCUCGCCGGAAAGUACGGCCCCAUCUUCAAGCUCCAACUAGGAAGCCGGCUGUGCAUGGUGGUGAGCUCGCCGUCCCUUGUGAAAGAGAUCCUUCGCGAUCAAGAUGCAAUUUUCACUAAUCGCCACCCCACGGCAGCGGCGCGCAUAGCCACGUACGGCGGCCGUGACAUCGCCUUUGCACCCCUCGGCAAUCACUGGCGCGAAGCCCGGAAGAUUUUUGUCCGGGAGAUGCUGAGCAGCAAGAACAUCAGAGCCUGCCACGGUCACCGGCGACAAGAGGUCAGAAAAGCGAUCAGAACUCUCAUGUCAAAAUCCGGUCAAGCUGUGAACAUUGGGGAAUUGACUUCUUUGACUGAAAUUAAUUUAGCGACAAGAAUGAUUAUGGGGAAUACCUUAGGAUGUGAUGAAGAAAAGCGUGAGAAAGUUGGGAAAGUGUUUAGGGAUGUGAUGGGGAGAUUUGUUGCUGCACUUGGGGAGCCUAAUAUCUCUGACUUUUUGCCAUGGCUGGAAAGGUUUGACCUUCAGGGAAUUCAGGCAAAGAUGGUGGGUUUAGUCAAGGCUAUCGGAGAUAUUCUUGAACCCAUCAUUGAAGAAGGGGAGAGAAUUGUUUCUGAGAAGUCUCAUACAGGUUCAACGAAGGACAACGAUGAUGAUGACGAGAAGGAUUUUCAGAAAAUUCUCUUAGAGCUAAAGGCCGGUGAAGCUAGCAAAUCCUUGGACCUUGGUGCAAUCAAGGCCAUGUUGCAGGUCCCUGACCGGUUGAUGACCUGCUAUUCCAGGUUAUUUUCUUAUCUUUUCAAACCAUUAUACCAUAUAUCUCACCUUUCACAACGAUAAUAUUUUGCAAAGAUAAGAAAAUAACUUGAAAUAGCAGGUCAAUAACCGGUUAGGGACCAACGAAUAAAGAUGAGGUGCAAACGUUGGAUUAUUCUUGAAUAAUGAAAAGGUGGGACUAUUGUAAGAAGACUUCUAAAAUGUUGGUUUAUUAGUUUCCAUUUUCCCAUAUAGAUAUCAAGAGGGUUGUUCCUGUAUAUAUGGAUGUACAGGAAGCUCCCUACGGAAAAGCCAUCAGAGGUCCUUCCCGGUGGAAUUUUUUUAUGAGAGUUUUUGAGCAUGUUCUUCAUCACGUCUAGUUUAUCCAUACCAAAUUUCAGAUCAAAAUUAGAUCGGGAAGUCAGUCAAAUAAAUUCUUGAAAUAUACUGCACAUUAUAUGUGCGCAGAAUGCGCCAUAUGCUUCAAGAAUUUAUUUGAAUGCCUUACCGAUCGAAUUUUGAGCUGAAAUUUGGCGUGGAUAAAGUAGACUUGAUGAAGAACAUGCUCAAAAAAAUUACUCAAAAAAUUCUACCGGUAAGAUCCUUUGAUGGCUUUGUCCGUACGGAGCUUCUUGUACAUCCAAUACGUACAAGAACAUCCCUCCAGAUAUCAGUAUUAAUUAGUAAUUAAACUUGCAUUGCUUUGAGAGAUCAGAGUUAUUCCUUUGUUUUAUCUCAUUUUCCUAAAGUAUGAGCCUAAGAAGCUAUGUAUGAGAUUAUGAGGUAGUAUAUAUAGGAUCCAGAGCCUCCGUAAUGCUUUAGAGCAAGGCAUGGUGCCCGGCUUUUGAGAACUGUCCCAUCAAAACAUCAACGGUCAGAAAUGUUAAGGUCCGCAUCUCCAGGCUUCUCUUCUCCCAUCCAAUGACUCUCCGCCCGCAAGGCACUCUGCGCACGGCAUAGUAUCUCAAUUCGUAUAUAUAUCCCAUAAAGCUAAGUUUAAGUUCAGCUAUGAAACUCAUUUCCUAUCUUUAAGCCUUAUCGUAUUCUUUGUUUUAGGAUAUAGUAAUAGGGAGGACGGACACAACAACGACGAUGGUGGAGUGGGUCAUGGCAGUGCUUCUUGAAAAUCCAAAGGUGAUGAAACAGGUCCAGAAUGAAGUAGACCAUAUCGUCGGACUAAAUUCUACUGUGGAAGAGCUCCAUACACCGAAAUUCACCUAUUUGGACGUUGUUGUGAAGGAGACUUUACGUCUAUACCCUCCACUGCCACUGCUCGUCCCUAGGUGUUCAACUGAAAAUUCACAGGUGGGCGGCUACACAAUCCCAAAGGGCACCAAGGUCUUUCUGAAUACAUAUGCAUUACACAGAGACCCUCAGCUUUGGGACAAUCCGCUGCAGUUCAAGCCUGAGAGGUUCCUCGGACCAGGUUCAGGCUCUGGAUUGGAUUACACUGGGAAUGAUUAUGUGUUUCUACCAUUUGGAUCAAGAAGGAGAAUCUGUGCUGGUAUUCCCCUGGCUGAGAAAAUGUUGUUGUACAUUUUGGCCUCACUAUUGCAUUCCUUCAACUGGCGGCUUCCUGAAGGUGAAAAGCUGGACUUGUCGGAUGAGUUCGGAAUAGUCACCAAGAAGAAGACUCCAUUAAUUGCUGUCCUAACUCGGAGGCUAUCCAACUCUUAGCUUUAUCAUUAAAGCUUGGAGAAUGUUGAUAAAUCAUACGGAGUAAGAAAGUAGUGCACUGAAUUCUAUGCAAUGUUAGAUGAUUGGAAUCAUACUACAUGUAAUACUCACAAUAUUAUUAUUUAUUGGGUUUAAUGUGUGUCAUAUGCUAUCUAUUAUUUAGGCCCUUAAAUUGCUAUGUACAGACUCUAAAUUAAAUUUUAAUAAAUAAAAUAUUUUCAAUA